AUGGCUGAUGAACUGACAACGCAUUUCAACGAUACAAAUAACACUUUAACAGUGAAUUGGAAAAUCGUUAAUUUUAAAUCGAUAAAAGAAAAAUUUAUUCGAUCAGAGAAGUUCUCUAUGCCUUUGUUUCCUUCGAUAUUAUGGGCCAUGAAAUUUUAUCCCCUUGCUCAAAACAAUAUGGAUGAUACUCGUUCUUCUAACCAGAAAAAAAACAUUGGAGCUGCACUUUGUACUAACGGCAACGUAUUUGCGAAUUAUAAAUUUCAUAAUCAAUCAAAAGACAUACGCAACAAUGUCAUCAGUUCACCUUUUAUCAAAGUGACACAAUCAAAUAGCUAUUCGACAAAUGGAUCCAGUCAAUACUUCAGCUGUGCAAAUUCCGACAGCCCCAUGUUUGUUUCUGAUUACUCGAAUAUAUUAUCAAACGAUGUUGAAAUCAUGUGCGCGAUUACGAUUCCAUACGAUUCAUAUGUUGGUGGCGAAAUGUUACGUCCCUUUCAGCAUGGGUUAAAAGUCUUAGAGAACCAAAACUACUCUGAUUUUGUUAUCAAAGUUCAAGAGAAACACAUCUAUGUCCAUAAAUGUGUCUUAUCUACUCAUUGGCCACAUUUCGUUACUUUACUCGAAUCUGAAAUGUCCGAAACGAAAAGUGGAAUGUUAAGAAUUGAAGAUGAAAAUCCAGAUAUUAUUGAAGCGAUGAUUUAUUAUAUCUACACUGGUACUUCUAAUGUAACAGACGUUAACAUAGCUUUGGAUCUCAUCACUGCUUCUGAUAAAUACAACUUACUUGACCUCAAAGCGAAAUCUUUAAAAUUUGUGAUUACAAAAAUGAACGAACAAUGUGUCGUUAAAGCUCUCUUCAAAGCUCAACUUCAUGAUCUAAACGAUUUAUUCGAAGCUUGCAUCAAUUAUCUGAAAAACAACUCAACUCCAAUCAAUGUUCUUCCUGAUUAUGAUUUACUGAUGAAAUCUAAAGAUGGUUUUCAACUUCUUGCCUUGUGCUUGGAUAAUAUUCGUGGUGUGAAACGUAAAUUUGAAGAAUACAAUGUUGAAAACUGA